GGGCCAAACCGAUUAUCGAAAGUGAUGGCUAUUAGCGCUAUGAGCUCAUGGUUAAAAAUACUGUGAAAAGUCUGUUUUUGGCCUUAAUUCCAAAGGUCGAAGCGCUGAUAACAAUCAUCGCAUGGUUUUUAUCCUAGCGGCAAUUAUCAGCUAGUGAGAUAGCAGAAUACGACCCACGGCAGUGAAAAAAUAACAGCAAUAGAGUUGGGUCAACGAAAGUAGUAUAGAACAUGAUUUUCUGUGAUGUGCUGAUGCAUCACCCAAGUUAAAACGCAUCCAGUGCAGCGUCACCAGUGGUUUGAUAGUGCAUAUAUUAAGUAAAUCGUUCUGUGAAUUGGAGAUAAACGAUUAACCACCAGCUAGAAACAGUAUGAGUGUUUGAAACAACUGUAAGGAAGCAGAAUAGAUUGCAGCACAUCGAAAGCAACAGUUAGAAAAACAAACCGAACAAAAAAUAGUGAAAGCAUAUAUUCCUUUAUACAGAGCUGGCACGGUGUGCCCAAACAUUCGGAUUGUGCAGACUCACGCCGAUAGAAAGCGACAGUGAUAGUUGCGAACGAUUCGAACCGGUGGCACGAUUGGUACGCUUGUGAUAGUAUGGAGGCCAAGCCGGUGCAGGUGAUCGAAUUCCUAAAGGAUCACACCUUCGUCCUGAACGAGGAUGUUCUGAACGGGAUACUGCUGCAGGAAAAUGUACGGGAUCGAACGGUUUGCGUCGUGUCGGUGGCCGGCGCCUUUCGGAAGGGCAAAAGUUUUUUGUUAGAUUUUUUCCUCCGAUACAUGUACUCGAAAUACGUUCAUCAUCAGAGCGCCUCGGAGUGGCUGGGUGACGAAAAUGAACCGCUGACCGGUUUCUCAUGGCGAGGUGGCAGCGAACGUGACACAACCGGUAUUCUGAUGUGGUCAGACAUCUUUCUGCAUGAUAAACCGAACGGUGAAAAGCUGGCGAUUAUUCUAAUGGACACCCAAGGUGCCUUCGAUAGUCAAAGUACCGUGCGGGAUUGUGCUACAGUGUUCGCACUUAGUACAAUGCUUUCGUCCGUGCAGAUCUACAACCUGUCUCAGAACAUCCAAGAGGACGACUUACAGCAUUUACAGCUGUUUACUGAGUAUGGUCGUCUUGCGCUGGCCGACAGUGGCAAAAAGCCCUUCCAACGGUUGCAAUUUCUGGUGCGCGACUGGAGCUUUCCAUACGAAGCGGAAUACGGUGCCUUGGGAGGAGACGUGGUUCUGAAGCGGCGACUGGAGGUGCAGGACAAGCAGCACCCGGAGUUGCAGUCACUGCGGAGGCACAUUACUUCGUGCUUCACCGAGAUCGCGUGCUUCCUAAUGCCCCAUCCUGGGCUCACGGUAGCCACCAAUCAGACGUUUGACGGUCGGCUGGCGGACAUUACCACCGAGUUUAAAAACAGCCUCAAGGAGUUGGUGCCGAUGUUGCUCGCACCCCAGAACAUAAUUGCAAAGGAAAUUAACGGACAGAAGGUUAAAGCACGCGAUUUAGUACAAUACUUUAAAUCGUACAUGGCAAUCUACAAGGGCAAUGAACUGCCAGAACCGAAAAGCAUGCUGGUGGCGACUGCUGAAGCCAAUAAUCUAACCGCAGUGGCCGCAGCUAAGGAAAUCUAUUCACAGCUGAUGGAGGACGUCUGUGGCGGAGCCAAGCCAUAUUUAAGUACAGCCCAUCUUGACUCAGAGCACAAUCGAAUAAAGGAGAAAGCGUUGCAUCAAUUCUCCUCUAAACGUAAGAUGGGCGGCGAGGAGUUUUCGGAGAAGUAUCGUGAAAAGCUGGAACAGGACCUGGAUGAAUCGUAUAUGACGUUUAGGGCAAACAACGAGAGCAAAAAUAUUUUCAAAGCAGCGCGAACGCCGGCCGUCUACUUUGCGAUUGCCGUAGUGAUGUACAUUUUUAGCGGGAUCUUCGGUCUGGUCGGGUUGUACACGUUCGCCAACUUCGCCAACCUGAUCAUGGGUAUCGCUCUACUAACGCUGGCCACGUGGGCUUAUAUUCGGUACAGUGGCGAGUUGAGCGAUUUUGGCGUGCGGUUAGAUGAAUUCGCGAAUCUGCUGUGGGAAAAUAUCAUGAAACCGAUUUAUCAGUCUUGUAUGGAGAAAGGCAUCCAGCAAGUGGCGAGCCACGCGACCGAGUACGCCUUCGGGGGCAAUGGAGCAUCAGCCAUUUCCUCGUCCCGGUCAGCCGUUGGUGGCGGCGGUGUAGCGCGCCAACUAAACGGCAAGGUAAAAUAUUCUUGAGAGUACGCCACAAGUGGCACCACAAACGCUCAGCCUGUGGGUGGAUGGUGGUCGCGGUCAUUCGGUGGUCGCCAAUCAGCGUCUUCGUCAGCUGGUCAAAAUGGUGGCUGGUGGGAAUGGUCGGCUGGUCACCACGCCCUUAGCAAUGGCAGCAACAGUAGGUUUAGUGCCCUUAGCGAUAGUUUUAGAGAUAACACUACUAAUAACAAUAGAACUAAGAGAAGUAACCACACCGACAACAACAGUAGGACAAGCUGUGUGAUAGAGGUAAGCGCUAGCGCUGCCGCAAGCACCGAGAAAGUCGGUAAAGCGAGUCGAAGGAGAACGACGAACAAAAUUUAAAAGCAUGCAUUGAAGUACGGCUUGCCAUCAAAUAACUCACGGCAGGUACUCUAGCAAUGAAACCAGACCCAUUUAUGUUGCAUUUUUGGUUUAUUUUUCUCUUGUUUAUCAACCUUGUUGUUUUAUAAAAAAAUAUUUUACUAUGCUAGAUUGUAACGUUGUUCCGACUGCUGUGUUGUUACAAAGAAAGAAUAUUUCAGCGAAUAUAAUUGAAACGAACUCACAUGUUUUACCAAAACAGUACCCUAGGAUUUUCGGCUAAAUCAAAGGUAUGAACCAAAAAAAAAAACAAAAUUUGCUUGAAUCUAUUCAAAAAUGUGCCAAAUCGGAAGCCUCCGUUAGAUCUAUUCGCUUUUUCUUGCCAAAAGAAAAUCUACUUACUGACGCUUCUUCAGCUUCAGCUCGAUUCCCUUUAAUACAGCAUUAUCAAUGAUUUCAGUUGUUUUGUUCCACACCAAUAGCGCACUAAAUGCAAAACUCCACAGGGAGAGUGUAAAUACUUAACGUGAGGUGAAAUUUGCGGCUAAUGGCAACGAUUAGUACAGAUACCUACAAGGUUUAGGAUAGACUUUUUCUUGUGUUUGGUUGAACUGUUUGUGAGCUAAAUCCAUGUUUCUAGGGAAAAGGCAUACUUCAACAGACGGGAAGACAAGCGGGAAUGUUUUGUUGGAAGAGAAGGCUAGAACGCAAUAUAUUUAUUAACGGAUUUAGUGUAACUGAAAAAAGAGAAUGCUUCAUAAAAAUCAUUAAUCGUAGUAAGAGGCCAUUGUUAAAUAUCUACUUUUCCUGUCUGACUUAGACCUUUGAUGGAUUUUUACUUUCGCUCUCGAACAGCUGGGCCCCCAGCCGCGACCGUACUAUAGUAGCCUUAAAAAACAUACAAAAAUGUGACGCAAAGGUGUUUCCGCGCAUUGUGCUCAAUAGAUAUGUUGUUUCUCAUACCACUUUUUUCGUGCCCACGUUGUGUUCUACUUUCUACUGUUACGUCGCUUCUCACGCGUGUACAAGCGAAUUAAAAUUUAUAGAUAACGCAAAACGAUUCGAUAAGAUAGCAUAAUGUUUGACGGAUGCGAAUAACAUGAACCGCGUGCUGCAGUUGCAUUCGACCAGGCGUGAUUAGAGCCUCACAACAGGUUUACGGAGGUUGUAAUCGCAAAUAUAUCGUAUAUGAUAACGCACGGUUUAGGCGAUCACGUGGUAGAUGAAAACAACAUUGAACUGUAUUCAACCGCCGGGUGGCGGCGGACGGGGGGUGUAAUAUGACAACAGUUAAGAUGUGAAUUAUUUUUAUAUUAAAGUUACUCAAAAAGCUCA